GUUUUUGAAGAGACAGUUUAUGUGGAAAAUUGUGUAUUUUGACUUUCAGUUCGCUUCUCAAAACAUUAGGACAUCAUAGUGCGCGUUUCACUGACGUCUCCGUGUCUUACUUGGAGAAAGUACGGGGCACCUGUAGGAGUUUUACUACCAGAAUGAGGUGAAGUUUGAACUUACGCUAGCUGCUUUUCCUGCAGUGAAAACUUGUCUGUUGAUGAUAAACACAAUGAAGAGUAGCGCUCUUCUGUAUUCACACGAACAGAGGCAAAAGUGAGUGAAAACGGGUAGGAAAGGAGUCUCUGAAGCUAAGAUACGGGUCCAGUAUUGAAGAUCUCUUCAAAUUAUGGCUGGUGUUUUGGCUAUGGCUUCUGUUGUUGAGGACUUUGACACCCAGCCUUGCAAAAAGUCUUGCAAAGAUGGUGGCAGUCCUGUUGUCAAGACAAUCACAAACUAUUUUUCUCCCGUGCCCAAGCCCGUGGAGAAACCUUUUUCUCCUCCUCGCUCCAACAACAUUAUGGACUACUUUAGCCGGAAAACAACUCCUCCACAACAAGCUAAAGAAAACUGUCCGAAGUCUCAUUCUGCAGAAAAAAACACCAACCCAGAGCUUGGGAAACAUCCAUCACGGAAAAGAAGCAAAAAGUCCAGCAAAGCUGCAAGGAAACUUGUGGCAUCUGAAAGUGUUACCACUACUAGUGAUGUGACCUACCUGGUUGUUGAAGACUCUGACGCAGACGUAGUUAGCAGCUGUGGGAUCUUUGGUGACAAAACAGAAGCUCUGCUGUCACAGCUUAGUGCUGAGGCUUGCAUCACUACAAGAGAGAUCACUGGCACUGAGACUGUUAGUGAUAAGUGUCCUGAAAGCAAUAAACCUCAAGAACAUGGCUUCAAAUGUGAGGGUAAUGUCAGACCUGAACCAGCACAGAACACUACUGACUUAUCCCCAAGAGAUCAACUAAAACAGCUCAGAUCUGCUGUGCAGAAAAGAAGGAAGAGACAGCAAAAAGAGGCAAAGCAUCCAGAGCCGGAGGGGAAAGAAACAGAGUGUGAUGUGAGCAUGGAAGUCAUUGCUGAUGAGACCUCUCAGUUAAAUGACAGCGCAGUCAAAAUCUCAUUUGAGGAUUUCUUGCGAAGUCAGUGUGAAAUUGAAGAAGACAAAAAUGAUGUGGGAAAAGACGAUGUUAGUAAGAUCUCAUCAGAUACAGAAGAAUUGAAAUCUGAGCACUUGGAGAUGCCAAAAGCUGAAGAAAAUGUGGGGCCAUCUGUGCAGAUUUCACCCCGAACUGUCACAAUCCAGGCUGAGGUGCAUGUAGUCUCACCUAAACAGGAAAAGGCAAAAGCAGAGGGAAGCAUAGCUUCGAUCUUCAGUAGGAGAAAAAUGUCCAAGAGCCCUGCAGAGAUGGUCUCGUCUUCUAAUGCAGAGGCUGAACCCCAGCCUUCUACUUCUCCUCUAACUGGAAAACGUAAAUCUAAUGUGGUUCUUCAAGAGGAGGAUCUGGAGCUGGCAGUGCUUGAGAGCGAAUUGGCUCCAAAGUGUAGCAAGGCGGAGAAGAAACAGUUUAUGGCUGCUUUCAAACAGCCCAGCAUGGACGGCUCCAAAACCAAACCUGUCAAGAACCAAGGCAAACAGAAACAAGCAGUGGAGAAGGUUUUGGAUGCUCCAGACAAACCUGUCGAAGACGAUGCUGUAAUUCAACCUUCUGUUGAGCAAGUCUCUCAGGGAAACCAAUCUGCCACAAAGAAACCAACAAAAAAAGGACGCAAGAAAGAUAAAUGCAAAAAAGAUGUGGCCACCUCACCUGCUGCUACAGCUGCGGAAGAAUCAGUGGUCACAAUAAUUGAUGACCAUGAAGAAGAGGAGCCUCCCGUCACCUCAACUCCCUCUGUGCCCGCUGUGAGGAGGUUGAGAGGGGAGGCUGUCGUCACACAAACACCUCAAACCUCCCCAACAGCUUCUGUCAGGAAAUCCAGGAGACUGACUGAGUCCAAGGAUGAAGCGAUAGCUACUUCACCUGUAGACAGCCCUGUUAAGAUAUCCUCCCCGAAGACACGCAGGUCAAAACACGAUGUCUUUGUAGCAGAGAUGGUGUCUCCACCCGACACAAAUGAAAGUCCCAUCAGGAUUAGAUUCAGUAGAGUUCAUAGAAGGACUUCCAAGGUAGAAAGUGGAAGUGACAUAACCCCGUCUUCAACAACUAAAACAUCAAGUGAGUCUAAAAACAGAAGGCAGGCAAAGAAGUUGCUGGAAAAGGCCAAAGUCAUUCAACAAAGCAAGAAAUCUACUGUAGAAAAAGAAACCGUAAGGCGAUCAUCACGAAGUAAGGCCUCCAUCAGGAACUACUGUGAUGAUGAGGAUUCUGUCAUCUGCGUGGAGGAGCAGACCACCACUCCUCGGGCCGGGCCGGGAACGAGUAAAACCAAGAAAGCGUUACGCAGUCUGAAUGAUGUUCUGGGCAAAGCCUCGACAGUGGGAAAAGACCCCAAAGCUGUACCAGGUACCAAAGUGGUCUCACUGGGACAAGAAAAGGCAACCCGCAAGGUCUCUGCUGUGAUUUCCAUCUUUGACGAGAGCAGUCAUGAUGGCUCUGAAAACUCGCAGGAUGACGAGCAGUUCAGAGCACGUAGGGAGUUCUUGAAGAGUGGAUUGCCAGAGUCCUUUAAAAAGCAGAUCGUCAAAACUGCUGCUACCAAGGAGGCCUACACGCUCUCCUGUUCUUCCUUUCAGCCAGUUACACACACGACCCAACCACCCAGCGGCUGCCCUCUUUGGAGUCUGCCAUGGCCCACGUCUUCGUUGCUGUGUCACCUGAAGCAGCUUUGGAGACAAACCCUUAAUCCACUUCCAUCCACGGGUGGUUCCCUUUGUCUGAAGACGGCACCGUCCUGCAGAAGGUUUAGUAACCAGGAGCCAUUCUGGAGACCUGAAAUCACUGAGAAUCUUCGUCAGCUUCUAGUAGACGAGUUUGGUGCUUCCAACCCUCUUUUCCCUGCACGGAUGUUCAUGAAUCGCCUCCUGAAGAGACGAACCGACCAUCAGCAGCAGCUCACAGCUUCAGAACCAGAGGUCAAAGAUGGAACCAGCACCUCUCUGCCGGCCGAACCUGUAGGAGUGAAGAGGAAGAGGAAGGUCAAUGACAGGGAAACUACAAAGGCCGCUAAGAAGCAGAGGUCCAACCUCUCAGAGGAGAAAGUGUCUCCGGCUGAAGCAGAGCUUCCCAAAAGGGGAGGCCGUACAAGACGAGCUCAAAGAUCCGGGGUGACGGAGGAAGCCGCAUCCUCACUCAAAUCCCCUCCCAUCCUAGUAGACGAGGACUCUGUUGUUUUCCUUCAUGACUCGCCCCCAGGACAGGACACGAGGAAAAAAGUGGAGGACGUUUUGUGGACAGACAAGUAUCAGCCCCAGAACUCGGGUGACAUCGUAGGAAACGCUGCUCCAGUGAAGAGGCUGCACAGUUGGCUAAAGGAAUGGAAACUCCGUACAGACAGAGAGGAAAGACAGAACCAGAAAGAAAAGAAGCAAGAGGGAGAGGGCAGUGACUCAGAGUGGGACUUCAGAGGAGAAGACUGUCAGGAUGGAGUGGACAUGUUGUGCAACACAAUACUCAUCACGGGACCCACUGGAGUGGGGAAGACUGCUGCGGUCUAUGCUUGUGCCCAGGAGCUCGGCUUCAAGGUGUUUGAAGUAAAUGCUUCAUCUCAGCGAAGUGGCCGUCUUAUUUUGUCCCAGCUGAAGGAAGCUACUCAAUCACACCAGGUGGACAGUCAGGGGGUCAACGCCCACAAACCCGCCUACUUCAACAGCUAUGGAACGAGCAGCAGCGCUGGCUCUGCCAGGCCUGGAGCUUCUCCAAGAAAGACGCAGUCUCCUCGCAGGGUGGUGUCCUCUCCUAGGAAACAACCCCAAUCACCGAGAGGUGCUAAAAAAGCAGGUUUAGCACCAGUCUCUUUGGCAAACUUCUUUAAAAUCAGCCAGACAUCCAACAAAGAUGCACUAAAAGCUACAAAAAAUGAAACAACCGCAGCUUCCAAGAAAGUUACGAAAGCACAUGAGAGUGGAGGAAAACAAAAAGUCAUACCAGCCGAAUCGCCCGCAGCGUUGGCCCUUAAAAACAAUACCAGUGAAGAGCAAAGCAAGAAGACAGCCACUUCUCUCAUCCUCUUUGAAGAGGUGGAUGUUAUUUUUGACGAUGACUCAGGGUUUCUGUCUGCCAUCAAGACGUUCAUGACCACUACCAAGAGGCCGGUCAUCCUCACCACCAGCGAUCCUUCUUUCAGCUCUGUGUUUGAUGGAAACUUGGAGGAGAUCCAAUUCAAAACACCUUCAGUUUUGGAUGUGGGCAGCUACCUGCAGCUGCUGUGUUUGGCAGAGAACAUCAGAACUAACCCGACAGACAUCAGAUCUCUGCUCAAACUCAACGGCUGCGACGUCAGACAGAGUUUACUGCAGCUGCAGUUCUGGGCCCGAAGUGCCGGAGGCCAGAUCUCAACGAGGCCACCGGUGCAUACCGACAUAAACUCUGAAGUGGAAACAAAUACUGAAGAGACGGUUGACAAACCUGUGACUGCUUCAUCCGAUCUACCUUUGUGGGAGACGGGCUGCACUGAGAGCGCGCUGGGCCUGCUGAAUAUUGAACCCCACAAAGACUGUUGGCAGCUACUCAGGAGCCAGAGUUUGAUAAAGGGAGCAGGUUCCUGGGAUCUGCUGACAGACAGCAGACGACGGGGAGUCGACUUGUUGUAUUCCAACAUGGAGAACCUUUUACCUCUACCUCUCACACAGUUGACCACCUCUAAACUCUGUAAACCUGAGCCCACGUGCCCACGAGCAGACGCACUGCCGUCCAGUACCAGCUCACUGAUCCCAGCAGAGCCGGACGAUGGCUCGGACUCCUGCAGCCCAAUCAAGGUGUCCAGCAGAAUGAAGAACAAAAGACAACGUCAGCCGCCUGACCAGGGUGGACUCCACUCUGGAUCAGAUUCGGAGGAUGGUUUUCCAUCUCUUCGUAUGCUGCCGAGCUCUUCUCGCACACAAAGGGAGGUCAAAGAGAGCGUAGUAUCAGAAAGGGUGAAAAGGAAGCCUCAAUGUCCAGAAGACCGUGCAAAAAGUCUUCCCGUCUCUCAAUGUCUAGAAUCAAUAGCUGACUUCCUGGACGAUAUGUCCUACAUAGAUUCAUCCUUGCUUCUCCAACCAGGCCGGUGUAACGCCCACAGCAGAAUGUCCCCAGUCGGUGCAGUUGUUAAAGACGGGAUGACGGAUGAGUCGAGGGUGGAGACUGACCGGAGUAGCCGGUGCACAGGAGGUCACGUCUUUGAGAUCCAGGCGGCCGCGGAAGCUCUGAGCUUCCACAAGUGUCUGGAUUCAGUGGCAGAGUCCUGGAAAAAAGUCCAAGAACUGGAUGGAGAGCUGGGAAAACAGGCUGCAGAAGAACUCACCCUCCCUGUCGCUGCUCAUCGGGGAGGUUACAGCUUCACUCAGGACAGCCCGUGUCAACCACAACUGGUCCAGAGGGGAAGAGAAGUGAUGGAGGAUCUGACGUUUAAAGGUGUGUUUGGCACUCUUGGUAACAGGCAGGCAGCUGCUCUGGACUACCUGCCAGUCAUGCGCUCCAUCUGCAGGUCAGAGCAGCUUAAGGAGCAAGGCAAGGUUAAGAGAAGAUUCCUCCACUAUCUAGAUGCGAUCCACUUAGGUCUAGAGAAGAGCACUCUACAGCUUCUAGCUGAAGAUUUCCCCUAGACCCUGAAGAGCUCUUCAUAAAGGCACUAACAGAACUUAAAUAAAUGCCUCUAUGGUCCUAAAGCUUUGGCUCUCAGAAGGAACAACAAACAUGUUUGCAGGUUGUGUUGUGUUUUGGACAUUAUAGGAACAACUUACAGGUUUGUGACUGUGACUUUCCAUUUUCCACAUAUUUUCCCAACAUAAAAGUGGCUGAAUCACUUUGCACAGAACGUCCAUGUAUAAGAACACACAACUAAAUAACCUCACAUGUCUGAUCUUUUGGUGCUUUGAAAGCUUCAUGUAAAUUAAUUAAUAUUAACGGAACAUUACUAAGUUAAAUCCAGUAUAGGUCUAUUAUUAGAUAAUACAGAGUCUAAACUUUGAUUAGGAACCAAAACUUAUGUAAAUUGAAGCAGUUUUGAGUUAGAAUAUGUGUUUGCACCAAAAUGUCAACCGAGGAGAGUAGCGUAGCAGAAAACACAUUUCAUUCUCAUUCAAAACUGCUCCCAUUCAUGUUGUUUUAUUCCCUAAUGAGAGUUAAUAUCUAAUCAUAAUCCUGUGGUUGUUUUAUCUUAAAAAUGUUCCUUUAUGGUGCUUGGAGUGUGGUUCUUGUAAAAUACUGUUUUGUACCUUCAUUAAUCCAUGCUUUGUACUUUGUAAAGUUUUUAUCGAGUAGAAAUUGCUUCCCAGGAGCAAAUGUGAUAAAUCUAUAUUUAAAAUUGUUGUAAAUUAUCACUUUAAAUCAGUUCUUGCAGCACAUAAGGCAGGUGGCUUUUUCAUUGAAACUUUUACAUUGGUAAACUGUCAC